UACCUAUAUAGUGUUCAAAGCUUGCGGCUGGCAUUACAAGACUCUCCUCUUUCCUACAUUCUCGUUUAAAGCUCAAGCUCACACCUUUUGUAUUCUCAUUCCAAACCCUCUCUCUCUCUCUCUCUCUCUCUCUCUCUCUCUCUCUCUGUGAGCUUGUGUGUCUGUGUGUGGAAAAAAUGACUGAUUUAAGGUCUAAAUUCUUGGAGGUCUACUCUGUUUUGAAAUCUGAACUUCUCAAUGACCCUGCUUUCGAAUUCACAGACGUUUCUCGUCAAUGGGUUGAUCGGAUGCUGAACUACAAUGUGCCAGGGGGAAAGCUGAAUCGAGGUUUAUCCGUAAUUGACAGCCUAAAGUUACUUAAGGAUGGAAGGGAGCUAACGGAUGAUGAAAUUUUUCAUGCAUCAGCACUUGGUUGGUGUAUUGAAUGGCUUCAAGCAUAUUUUCUCGUUCUUGAUGAUAUCAUGGAUAGCUCUCAUACACGUAGGGGUCAGCCCUGCUGGUUCAGACUACCAAAGAUUGGCAUGAUUGCUGUGAAUGAUGGCAUACUACUGCGCAACCAUAUCCCGAGAGUUCUCAAAAAGCACUUUAGGGGAAAGCCCUACUAUGUGGAUCUGCUAGAUUUAUUUAAUGAGGUGGAAUUUCAAACAGCCCAUGGACAAUUGAUAGAUUUAAUUACCACUCAUGAAGGAGAGAAAGAUCUGUCUAAGUACUCAUUGGCACUUCACCGCCGCAUCGUUCAGUACAAAACUGCUUAUUACUCAUUUUACCUUCCAGUAGCAUGCGCUUUGCUAAUGGCAGGCGAAGAUCUUGAAAGCCAUGUUGAUGUGAAGAAUAUUCUUAUUGAAAUGGGAACCUAUUUUCAAGUACAGGAUGAUUAUUUGGACUGCUUUGGUGAUCCCGAAGUGAUUGGCAAGGUUGGGACAGAUAUUCAAGACUUCAAGUGCUCUUGGUUGGUUGUGAAAGCUUUAGAACUUUCCAAUGAGGAACAAAAGAAACUAUUACAUGAGAACUACGGGAAAGAUGAUCAAACAUGUAUUGAAAAAGUAAAAGAGCUAUAUAAAGUCCUUGAUAUUCAGGGUGUAUUUCUGGAGUAUGAGAGCAGCAGUUAUCAGAAACUUACAAAAUCCAUUGAAUCUCAUUCAAGUAAAGCGGUACAGGCAGUGUUGAAAUCAUUCCUGGCAAAGAUAUACAAGAGGCAAAAGUAACAAACGAAGGAAGCAGAAUAAAAGACGACAAAGAAAGAAGAAUAAAAGAAAAGGGAAAAAUGUGUUUCUAACCCAUAUAUAUCCUUUAGUUUUCCUGCUUUGGCUCUCUCAAGAAAAAACUCACCUGCUGAAUUGAUUAGGCCAAAAUUUGCAAAUUUUGGUGACCAUUUUAUUUGCAAAUUUUGGUGACCAUUUUAUCAUUGUAUUUUAAAAUGUGUUGUAAAACUGAUUUGAUCUUUUUGGUCUUAAAGUAUUAAAGGCCUAUAGAUCACUGCUCACCCAGAAAUUACUCAAUCAAAAUUGCUUUAGCAUUAUUGAAACAAAAA